UGAGUGUGUAAAUUAUUUCCGACCUUUCUUACGAUAAAGACAUGCUGAAUGUUGUUUCGGCGUGGCGGCGGAGAAAAGACACUGCUUUCACCGUUUGUGUGUCUGUGUUUUUUCACUUCCCAUUCAUUGCGUGUCACUUGCUCUGCGCUUUGUUAUAUCACAGCAAUUACAGCUGAUGCGGUAAUUAAAGCAUUGUCAGUCGCAGUUUUAAGCACUGGUGGUGGCAAACACACUCGCGCAGCUGCGAUUCAAAAAGCUGUGGAAAUGUGCGUUAAAUACACUUCAGCUCUCGUGACGACUGUCUCACUUCUCUCUUGAUGACCUCGUAUCAAGUGAUUUUAACCUAGAGGAACAAGCAUGAGAGGGCCACGAGGGCCGCGGUUGGUGGAGGAGGGCCUGGCGGGCCAGUUGCACCAGAUGCUGCCACCGGCUCGGGGGCCGCGCGGACGGCGCAGCGCGUCUUGCGUGCGCACGGCCGUCUUCAUCUUCAUCGUCACCUUCCUGUGGCUGCAGCUGCACAUGGCUAGCAUGAGCGGCAGCGGAUCCUCCUCCGGCGCCAACGGAGCCGGAAGGCAUGGCGGAGCUGGUGGCGCCGACGCCGACAACUCGCUGCACGAGUUCCUCAACGUCGUGCCGCCACACCUGCACAAGUUCCUGCUGGGCAGGAACAGCUCACUGGCCAACAGCACUGAGCCGCCGCCGCAGCCCAGCCUCAACCUGACCAUGGUGCGCCAGGCCAUCGAGCAGUACAACGCCUACCAGGUGGUGCUCAACGAGGGAAGGCUCGGACCGCUUCACAACGAUUCUCUAGUCAUCGUCAUCCAGGUGCACGCGCGAAUCACGUACUUGCGGCAUUUGCUCGUCAGCCUGGCGCAGGCCAGGGGCAUCGAAAAUGUGCUGCUGAUCAUCAGCCACGACUUUUUCGACCCGGAGAUCAACGAGCUAGUCCACUCAAUCGACUUCUGCAAGGUGAUGCAGAUCUUCUACCCCUACUCCAUCCAAACCCACCCCAACGAGUUUCCCGGCGAGAGCCUUGGCGACUGUCCAAGAAACAUCAAAAAGGAGCAGGCUUUGAAGAUCAAGUGCUUGAACGCAGAGCACCCUGAUCUGUACGGACACUACAGAGAGGCCAAGUUCACGCAGACGAAGCACCACUGGUGGUGGAAGGCGAACCGCGUGUUCGACCAUCUUGAAGUAACUAGAAAUCACACAGGACUGGUGUUGUUCCUCGAGGAGGACCACUACGUAGCCGAAGACUUUAUAGAAGCGCUAAGACUUAUGCAAAAGGCGACAGCCGUUCACUGCGAUAAAUGCAACAUUCUCUCCUUGGGGACGUACCUUAAGACUUACAAUUACUACGGCGAUUCCAAAAACAAAGAAGCUGCCAAAGCCAAGCGUUUGGGACACUCCACCUCUAACAUUCCUCCAUCCUGGAACUUUGAAAUCUUGCCUACUCUUUAUCAGCAAUACCAGAAGGCGGAAGUGACUCAGUGGAUGAGUAACAGUCACAACAUGGGCAUGGCCUUCAACCGUACCACAUGGCGCGAGAUCAGGCAGUGCGUCAAGUACUUCUGCAACUACGACGACUACAACUGGGACUGGAGCCUGCAGCAGGUGUCGCAGAACUGCAUGCCGCACAAGCUGCACGCGCUCGUCAUGAGAGGACCAAGGGUGUUCCACAUUGGAGAAUGUGGGGUGCACCACAAGAAGGCCAACUGCAAUUCGACAGCGGCAAUAAGUAAAGUGAUGAAAGUGCUGCACAACGCAAAGAAGCACCUUUUCCCCUCUCACCUGACCAUCACGAUGCCGGCCAAGCUGAAAAAGACGAAGCCCCUGCGCAAGGGCAAUGGCGGCUGGGGCGACCUAAGAGACCACCAGUUGUGUUACAACAUGACCGUCAAAGACUUUGUCCUGGGCUGAAGUGAAAUCAAAAAUUUAAAUAAAUAAUAAUAAACAAAUUCCUCAGUCAGUCCAGAAGGCACGCGCGCAUACAUGCCAAAUCCUUAGGGUUUAAAAUAAGUAUGGAAAUAAACAUUUUUGUAUGAACGUAUUGCGACGAUCAGUGCAGAGCUUUCGCUGCUCUGCUGGAUUUCCUUGUAUAUCAAAAGUGUGCACCAAAGUGCGCUGCGAUGCAAAUUUUAUGUGAUUGAUUUGUUUGCUAUUGUUUUUUGCAUGUCAAGGACCCGCUCUAUGAUCAAUGAACAUUUUUUAAUUUUAAAAUUAGGCAAAGGUAAUAUAUUUAAAAAGUGCAUGAAGUUAAGCAUUUUUUAAAUAUAUUGUGAAUAACAAAAUGUCCAAUUGAAUUAAAAAAAUUAUCUUUUGUUCCUAGGGCGUUUCUGUUGUUUCCGGACGGGGGUUUGGAUUUUCUGUGAUUUUAUCUCAAUUAAAUCCAAUGUUCCUUCCUGCACCGUCCUGUUUUCUGUUUUCAAUUUCUAUAAGUGGCCUCGAUCUCAACUCGAAACUGAAUAAGCUCAAAUUUUGUCCCGAGUUGGAUUGAUCGCACAAAACAUUGUUGUUCGCUGAAUGCACAAAAACGCUGUUUCAAUUAGAUUCGAGCAUCAUUUCCUGUCGAGACUCUAGUCAUCCUCACUUAUCCUGUUUAACACGAUACAACAACGCGCGCGCAGAGCUUCGUUGAAGAAGCCAUAAAAAUUGUGAUUCUUUAUGAUCUGGAAAAUGUGGGUGAAUGAGUAACUAUAACCGUACAUAAAUAGCUAGCCAAUAUUUUUAGAGACCCGAAACAAUGUUGAAAUAUUUUCAAAUUUGAAGACAUUUAAACAAUAAAAUGGAUACAUUCUCAUGUCAGUGUUGUUCUAAGAUGUACUUUUGGCCAUGUAUUUGCUCCAUUUCGAGAAAUCUGGUUAACAAUAAAUAAAUGGUGUGCCACGUA